CAUUACUUGUGUAAAACCCGGAUGUAGAACGAUGUUUAUUAUGUAACUUAAACAUCUUAUCACGUGGUACAAUAAUAUGUACCAUCCGGGUUUGCUUUACUACAUAAAGCUAUCCCUAAGUUAUAAGAUUUUAAAGUUGGCUUUCCGAUAACAAGAAAACAAGUUAACAGAUCAAGAUGGGUUACAGGUGUUUGGUUUGGUAUCUCAUUGGAGCGAUGGUAUUAUUAGAGGUGUUUGCUUCUUACUGCAUCAACAAUGACAGCAAACACAAUUUUGGCAGAGUGGAAGUCAGCUGUCCUACGUCACCGGACACCUGUCGAGACGUGGACAGCACUGACCCCAGACCUGUCGUCAUCCUGGCCAGCGGUCUGGAAGUGAUGUGCGACACACAGACAGACGGAGGCGGCUGGACGGUCAUACAGAGACGAGUGGACGGAAACACGUCAUUCUACCGUGGCUGGGAGGAGUACAAAUACGGCUUCGGCAACUUCAACGGCGACUUUUACCUGGGCAACGAACAUAUUCACCGAAUUACGUCACUUCGAAGUUACCAGUUACGCGUUGAUCUAAAGUUUAACCAAAACAGCUACUACGCGAAGUACUCACGUUUUCAAGUCUACGGGGAACAGGAAGGUUACAGACUAAAACUUAGCGGGUUUUCUGGAAACACAGUCGAUGGGUUCUUGACCCACUACGAUUCUAAAUUUAGCACCUUUGAUCAGGACAACGACAGACGUCCUGAUACCAACUGCGCGGUUCAGCUGCAAGGCGGCUAUUGGUACUCACAAUGUCACAUGUCCAACUUGAAUGGACUGUGGGGAAGCACAGAGCAAUACAAGGGGAUGAACUGGAACCCACUAACCGGGGUUUACGCCUCUGUGUCCUACAGUGAAAUGAAGAUAAGACCCGUCAAUUAAAUUUGUAAGGUCGGCCUUGUACCCAAACACGAAAAUGGUGUUUACUAAAAUUUAUAUUGUGAUUAGAGUAAAAAAAUAAAAUGCUUGGGA